AUGCAAGAAAAAUACAAACUCCCUGCUUGCUUGAGCAAGAAAGAUUUUAGAGGAACAAGCCAAACUGCAACUCCUUCUUCAAGGCAGGCAAAGACGCCUAAAUUAAACCGGAUUUUUUCAGAAUCAAAAUUAUUUUCAGCUACUACAACGAACCUUUACAAAAAUAAUUUUAAUACUAGCCAGCCUGACCAAACAUAUCUGGCCAAGAUAAGGCCAAAACACAUUAGGAUUGAUAAGGAAAAACUAUACGAAGAAAAUAUCACAUAUAAGCACAUGAUAAAUGCAUUAAGCGAAGAAAAUACAAAAUUAAAAACCAAAAUAUCUCAAAUGGAUCAUGAGAUGCAAGAAAAAAAAUUAUACCCAAAUACACCUAUUGUAACUCAAAAAGGAAAAUCCCAAGUGCAUUUGAUAGAAAAUUUAAAAAGCACAAUAAAAGAACUCCGAAGUGAGCUGCAAACAAGAAACAUGGAAUAUGAAGAGCUGAAACGCUCAGUAAGAGUCACAAAAAUGAACGAAGUCACUGAAGAGCUAAAACAAUAUAUUAAUGAAUGCAAAAGAUUGAAAAGAGCCAAUGAUGAGUUACAAGAAGGCUUAAAUAAUCCUCCCAAUGCAAUGGGAGGCUUAGCGGGACUUACUGCAUAUGGAAAGCUGAAAAUAGAAUAUGAGCAGCUUGAAAAAAGCUUAAGGCUUUAUCAAGAAUCUGAUAAGAUGAAAUCUGAACAAAUUGCUGAGCUUAAAAGAUUAUUCAACCAAAGCGAGCAAGGGGUAUUAAUUAUUGAUGAAGAGCCAGUUUCUAAGAGAUCCAAUAGAAGUGCUGAGAUAAAUGACCAAAAUAACAAGGAAAUAAAUAAACCAAAUGCUCAAAAGAAAGAAGCUCUAAUACCUUUAGAAGGAAACAAUGAAUUUAUUAAGAAUGAAGCUGGAGAUAUGACUAAUCGAACUAAAUUGAUUUUGAAAAAGCUGCAGUUAUUUUUGAAGAUAAAUAAAUUGCAGCCGAAAGACUGGAUUGAGACAAUUCCUAGAUCAAUUCAAGGAAUAUUGUCAUUAGAUGAACUAUGAAAAGCAUUAAAUACCGGAAAAAUUCCUAUAACUAAUGAAGAAGUCCACAUAUUACUUCAGCAGCUUGGAGAAAACGACAAUCAAAUUUUAUGCUCAGUCUUAGUUGACGAGCUCUCUGCAAUGGACCUAAGAAAGCCUUCAAUACCUUCCAGUAUCCUAGAAAUUGGCACCCCAAAACCAAUCUCAAAAAGUGAUGCUCAGAUAAUUCUAGGAGAAAUUCAAUGCAGACUCGCCCUUUUAAACAUAAAAGACUUGAAAAAAUCAUUAGAAAAUGACCUCAAAAACGACUCAUUUACAUUUUCAGAAUUAAUUGAAAUCUUUAAUGACAAAUAUUUAAAGAUCGAAAAAGACGAAGACAGGACAAAGCUAGCUAAAUAUUUCCUCUGCAAUAAAACAAGUAUUUCGAAACAAGAAUUGAUUAAUAUGAUCAUUAGUGAAACAGAAGACUGGAAAUUUUUAAGUCCUAGUGAAAUUGAUAGUGCAAUUAAAGGAAUUAAAGCAAAAUUAUGGGAAGGCUAUGAUGACCUUUUAACAAGAAUUAAAAGAAAACUUGCAAGCGAAUUUAUCCCAGUUUGAGAUUUAAUUGAUGAAAUGAAAAUAUAUGGAUUUAUAAGUAUAUAUUUAUUUUUGUAAAUUUAAAUUUGUGGUUUUUAAUGCAAAAAUUAAGAAAAUCAUUAUAAAUUAGGAUACACCUGAGCAAAUAUUAUUUUGCAAGGAACAGUUUUUCUCAUAUGAAAAGUCAAUGAGUAGAGUGCCUUAUGCGCAAGCACUGAAAGAUUUAAAUAAAUUAGUCGUAAAAACCCAAGCAAAAGAAAAUUCAUUUGUAGAACCACAAGAAAGCUCAAUUGAAAUUAAUAAAGAUGAAGAAAUCUCUGGGUCUCAUAAUGAAGAAAAUAAAGAGUAUAUUUAUUCUCAGCUAGAACCUGCUCUUUCUGAAGAUGAGCCAUUUUCAGAUAUUGAAAUUAGUAAAAAUAUGCUAGAAUCUAAUAAAGAGAGCACUGCAAUGGCAAAUAUUUUAGAGAUACCUGAUGAAACUCAUGCAAAAGCAAGUGAAAAGCCUUCUUUCAUUGAAGAGAAAAUUGAAGAAUUAUAG